UCGGCCAACUCAGGGGUGGUGCUACAUGUCCUGCCACUGGCAGUCCCGACGGGCAGGGGCUGGGGACCGAUCCCGAGCCACAGGUUGGAAAAUAAGGAGCUGUCCCCCUGAGUGUCGCCCUGUAGAGCAGAUCGCGUGUGGUCGCUGGCGUGGGAGCCCCGGAGUUCAAGGGCUUGGGAGAGGGGAAGGAGACCUCUGAAACCUGACACCCAGCCCUCUCGCAGAGGAAACUUCGCAGGCUGGCUCACCAAGACUAUCACUAUGACCGAUGGGGACUAUGAUUAUCUGAUCAAACUCCUGGCCCUUGGAGAUUCAGGGGUGGGGAAGACGACAUUUCUUUAUCGAUACACAGACAAUAAAUUCAAUCCCAAGUUUAUCACGACAGUAGGAAUAGACUUUCGGGAAAAACGUGUGGUUUAUAAUACCCAGGGACCAAAUGGAUCAUCAGGGAAAGCCUUUAAAGUGCACCUUCAGCUUUGGGACACUGCCGGCCAAGAGCGAUUCCGGAGCCUCACCACUGCAUUUUUCAGAGAUGCCAUGGGUUUCUUAUUAAUGUUUGACCUCACCAGUCAACAGAGCUUCUUAAAUGUCAGAAACUGGAUGAGCCAACUGCAAGCAAAUGCUUAUUGUGAAAAUCCAGAUAUAGUAUUAAUUGGCAACAAGGCAGACCUGCCAGACCAGAGGGAAGUCAAUGAAAGGCAAGCCCGGGACCUGGCUGACAAAUACGGCAUACCAUAUUUUGAAACGAGUGCCGCGACUGGCCAGAAUGUGGAGAAAGCUGUGGAAACCCUCCUGGACUUAAUCAUGAAGCGAAUGGAACAGUGUGUAGAGAAGACACAGGCCCCCGACACUGUCAAUGGUGGAGACUCUGGAAAGCUAGAUGGGGAAAAACCAGCAGAGAAGAAAUGCGGUUGCUAGACCCUACGUAGGAACUGAUCAUCAAAAACCCCACCCAAAUAUUACUUCCAAAAAACAGCGACAAACCACAAAAUUGUUGUGAGUAGACCAUGCAUAAUGGCAUGUUUUUCUUUUUCUUCCAGAAAAAUCUAUUUUGAGAGACCAGAAUAUCAACAGUGUUCAAAAGAAUUGACCAGUUGUCUCUGAGGCGCCCUCCAAACAAGAUCAGAGAUUUCCUAAUGUGAUCUCAUGGUCAUGGAUGCUCAAUUUGUUGUUGUUGUUGUUGUUGUUGUUUUUUAUGAAGAACAUGAGUAUAUAAGAAAGUAUUCAAGAUGAUAUCAGUGAGUUUUAAAUCAGAACAAAAAUGACCAUGUCACAUGGGGAAAAGGGAUAGGCCACUAAAGGGAGAAUAUAGAAAGACAAUUUUUUUAUUAAAGAUUGGAUUUACUUCUUAUAUAGAGUUUGAUUUGUACUUUUAGUUUUGCAUUGGGAGAACAUAUUAGCUAAAAUUGAGGAUACAAUAAAGACUUCUAAAUGGAUCAUUAGUAAUGACAUUACUAUGUACACCCAAUAAGCUGUCCUAGGGUGACUCAAGUACUGGUAAGGUUAUGAGAUUGUGAGUCAGACUUCUGUUAAAAUGGGGGAGAUUGUAUAUUAAUGUCAUUUUUAUAUUCUUAAUAAAUGGCAGAUAGACAAGAACCGGACUGUAAACAACAAAGUACAAGAGAAAUGCCCUAGGAGAAAAAUGAAAGUAUGAAAAUAUGGCAUUUGGACAAUUGAAAUUAAAUGUGUCUGUUACAGAUGUCUGGAAGAAUCAUUUAGUCAAAUUUCACUUGAACCAGUUAGAAGUUGACAUUAUCAGUUGGGAUUAAGAGAGUCUCCAGAGGUUUCCCUUUCCAAACAAAAUUUUGGAAAUCAGUUCAGUGUUCAGUUUCACAUUUCAUUUUCUUAGUAAAUGGUCACAAGGAGAAAUUAAAGAUUGUCAUUUAUUAACUAUGUCUUUAAAAAUGCAGUCAAGAAAAACUGUUUAGCUUAAUUGUUUUUAGAUAAAAUAUGUCAGUGAUAUGAAAACAAAAAGUUAU